AAACCCUUCUUUGCACCUUUCUAACUGUGUCUUAACUCUUUUAAGUCUCUGCUAAAUAAAGGGGGUUGAAGAUUGCAGGAAGAUUCCAGGCAACUAAAGCAACGUCACAUCAUCAUCAUCAUAUAUCACUUUCUCUCUCUAUAUUCCAUUAUUUGAGUGGUGUGAAUUGUGGGUGUGGUUUUAGGGUUCAAAGAGUGCAAAAUACAAUGGUGAGGCACUAAUGAGACAGUACUGGACCCAAGUGCAGGCAGUAGGAGAGGACGAAGAUGGACCUAGCUUGUCGGUUGUUUUGGAGAGCAACCCUCUGAUCACUCAUCAACUCACCUCUGACUCUCACCACCUUCACAACAACCAAUUCAUCUGUUUCCUUUGUUACAUGAAUUUUAUGAAGUUGGAUGCCUGCCAGGGAACACCACCCUCUCCUCCCCUUUUUCUCUCUCUUCUAUACUAAUAUAUAUAUAUAUAUAUAUAAAUUCAUUCUGUAUCACUGUGUGAUGCUUUACCUAGAUAAAAGAGUUUAAAAGCUUAUUGCUUGAAUUUCUUUUAGUAAACUUUGUUUCAUUGUUGAGGGGUCCAUAUGAUCUAAGUCUAUACCUAUGCCUCCUAUUUGGGUUUCUAGCUAGCUAGAUUCUUUUAUCCUUUUUAUUUAUUUUUUAUUUUUAAGUAUUCUCUUUUUGGCUAUAGAGUAAUAUUCAAAAAAAAAAAAAAAAAUUCGUUUUUUAAAAACAGACAUAUUUUGUGCAUCUAGUGCUCAAUUACUUUCUUACGUAUUGGAAACAGCGUUGAAAUUAGUGAAAUGGGUUGGUGGGUUAGCACUGCGAAGGAGAGAGAGAGUUGAUUAUUUCUCUGAUUAAGUUUGUUGUUGAAUUAGAUUAGAUUAGAUUAGAUUAGGGUUUUGAGAAAUAUAUAUAUAUAUAUAUAUAUAUAUAUAUAUAUAAAAUGAUGCAUAUUUAUUGUUUAGAAGAGAUCUUGAAGAUUAUGACGGUGAUUUUGGUUAUGGUUUAGGAAUGACUUUUAGAUGAAGGGAAUCAGUUUAGAAAUCAAACAAAUGGAGCUGAGAAGGCAAGAGAAGGAAAUAGGUAUGCCAAACUCUUUGGACUAUAAUUCAGCUCAACACAAUCAAGAAUCAGCAUCCAAGCUCUCUCCUGCAUCUGUAAUUCCUAAUGUAGCAGAUGGAAGAAGAAAUGAAGAUGGUCAACGAAGUACCAUCAUCAACACAAGUCAAACCCUAGACCACUCUCAUCUUUAUCAUCAUCAUCAUCUAAAUCAACAGCAACAACAAACACAGAGAUUGGAAAGACUCCCAAAUCCAGAUCCAGUUCUAGCUGCAGCCGCAACAAUUGGCACUGCAUCAAAUUCAAACUCAAAGCCACUGCCACUGCCCCCACCAUUGCCACCGCCGCCGCAACCUCCGCAACUAAAACCCACAAACAGUGCCGCCCCGAUUCAGUAUCGGGAGUGCCAGAAAAAUCAUGCAGCGAGCAUGGGCGGGCACGUGGUGGACGGAUGCAGAGAAUUCAUGCCGAGUGGAGAGGAAGGUACCCAGGAAGGAUUGAAAUGUGCAGCUUGCGAUUGCCAUCGGAAUUUUCACCGGAAAGAAGUGGAAGGCGAGCCUCAAUCCGGUGUGAAUAGUUUCUACACAUACAAUCACAGCAAGAACAAUAGCAGAAGAGCUGCGAUCCACCCUACUCACGCUCCGCCGCCUUCACUUCAUCAUCCCCCGCCUCAGCUGCACCACCACAAGUUCCCUCAUGGUGGUUACUCUCAUGGUUUAUCGACUAGCCCGCCUGCAGGUCCGGUUCCACAGGUCAUGGUGGCCUUUGGUGGUGGCAGUGGAGCUCCGGCAGAGUCCUCAAGCGAAGAUCUAAACAUGUUUCAGGCCAAUGCUGGAGCGCAACCAUGGGGGCCACCGUCAUUUUCUUCCUCAAAGAAGAGGUUUCGGACUAAAUUCACUCAGCAGCAGAAAGAUAGGAUGCAAGAAUUCGCAGAAAAGUUGGGAUGGAAGAUCCAAAAGCAAGAUGAACAGGAGGUCCAGCAGUUCUGUGCUGAGAUGGGUGUAAAGAGGCAGGUGUUCAAGGUGUGGAUGCACAACAACAAACAAGCCAUGAAGAAGAAACAAUUGUAAGACAAAAUGAAAACCCCCAUCAAGAUUUUUGGUUUUCGCAUAAUUAAGUAGAGUAUCAAAUUUUAAUUAGAUGUGCAUUAUUAUAAAGAAACUAUGUUUCUUUUUAAUUGAAUAUGCAAUAUGACUCACAUCACCUUAUCUUCUACUAGGUUUGCCCAUCGAUCUUCAAGUUAACAAAUUCCACUUAUUUUGGGAUACUCCUGUGUCAAGCUCUUCAACAAAAAGUGGAAAUAAAUAAAUAAUAAUAAUAAUAUAUUUUUUUUAAAUCUUAGUUCUUGCUUCAUCUAUUAUAAAUAUAUAGAUCUCUAGUAUUAACUCCAUCAUUACCUCUUUUUUCAUAACUUUGGUUAAGUUUGUCGGACAUUUUAGUACCCCAGGUUUUUUUUGGGUAAGCACUAAGUAGUACCCCAGGUUUUUCGAUCAUUUUCCAUGUUUUUUCUAGUACUUUCAAUUAAAUUCUAUAUAGUUUGCAUUUGA